UGGCUACAGCAGGUGCACUGGUGCGUCGAGGCGAUUCUUCUCUUGUAACAUCCAGGAAUGUCCCGGCGAACAGAAGGACUUCCGCGCGGAGCAGUGCGCUGAAUUCAACGGCGUGCCAUUCGAGGGAAUUUACUACGAUUGGAUCCCAUACACCGGUGGGCCGAACAAGUGCGAAUUGAAUUGCAUGCCGCGCGGCGAGCGUUUCUUCUACCGGCACAGGCAGAUGGUGAUCGAUGGGACGCCAUGCGAAACCGAGAAGAACGACGUUUGCGUCGGAGGCAAAUGUAUGCACGUUGGAUGUGAUAUGAUGCUUGGAAGCGACGUGAGGGAGGACGUAUGCAGGGAAUGCGGUGGUGACGGGUCCAAUUGCAACACCGUUUCCGGUUUGUUUGACACCGAUGAUCUCCAAGCGGGAUACGUCGAUAUCAUAUUGAUACCCCAGGGUGCGACGAACGUGGUGGUGAAAGAAAUCGAACCCUCGAACAAUUAUCUAGCUAUUAGAAACACUUCGGGCAACUAUUAUCUAAAUGGAAACUGGAGGAUAGAUUUUCCACGGAGCUUGAAAUUUGCCGGGACCAUAUUCCAUUAUUCGAGAGAUCCGCAAGGUUUCUCGGCACCCGAUACCAUUACCGCCUUGGGGCCGACGAGUGAACCAAUUUACGUGGUGCUUUUAUAUCAGGACCACAACGUGGGAGUGCAUUACGAAUACAGCGUGCCGAAAAGAGUCUCGAGUCAUACUGACGCGGACAGCUACACGUGGAUAACUGAUGAAUUUUCCAGCUGCAGCGCGACUUGCGGCGGAGGUUAUCAAUCGAGACGAGUGGCCUGCGUACGAAGAAGGGACAGGCAACCGGUGGAUGAGAGCCUUUGCGAUCCACAGAUGGAACCAGCUGACACGGAGGCCUGUAACGUGGACCCGUGUCCACCUGCGUGGGUGGAAGGCGAAUGGGGCCGUUGUAGCAAGCAUUGCGGCGAAGGAGGCGAGCAGAGCAGAAGGAUCAAAUGCGAGCAAGUCGUCUCUGGCGGAAUACCAACGGUGGUGGACGAUAGUCAAUGCCUGGAGAAGGUGGGACCGAAAGGGCCGACCACGCAGGAGUGUAACAAGGACGUGGCGUGCCCGCAGUUCCACGUAGGGCCCUGGAAACCGUGCGACCGGUUGUGCGGCCCGGGCAAGCAAACGAGACGAGUGACGUGUUACAAGAAGGUUGACGGAAAGAUUCAAGUGCUGGAGGAUCAGGCCUGCGAGGAGGAGGCACCCGAGCGUGAGAAACCCUGCGAAUUGAGACCUUGCGCCGGCCUCGACUGGGUCACGUCGGAUUGGAGUGGAUGCGACGACAAAUGCGGACUGACCGAGGAGACCAGGACCACGUACUGCGCCACUCAAGACGGCACCGUUUAUCCGGACGAGAAAUGCGACGGCGAAAAGAAGCCGGAACUGACGCGCGACUGCGAGGCGAAGAAGGACUGCGAGUUCCUCUGGUUCGCUUCUCAGUGGAGCAACUGUUCAGCGAAAUGUGGGUCAGGCGUGCAGACACGCAAGGUGUUCUGCGGCACGUACGACGACGAAACGGUGAAGAAAGCGCCGGAUGAAAAAUGCGACGCGGCCGGGAAAUUCAACGAGACGAAGAACUGCACCGCCGAGGAGGAGUGCAAAGGCGAGUGGUUCGCUGGACCGUGGAGCAAGUGCUCGAAACCGUGCGGCGGCGGCACGAUGACCCGCAAGGUGAUUUGCAUGAAGGCCAACAAGACGGUACCGCUGAAUAACUGCGACAGCAACACGAUCAUAUUCUCUACGGAAAAUUGCAACGACCAGGCUUGCGAGGAAGACGAAGUGAUACCAAUGCAGCCGGAGAAGAUCAAAGAUCUCGCCGAGGAGGAGGACGACGAGUGCGAAGUAUACGAGGACGAAGACUUCGUGACCGUAUCCUCGAGCCUCGCGCCUAGCGAUAAAUCGAGCAGAGUGACUGACCUUACGGAGGCAACUCCUCUGAGCUCGCCAGACACCAGCGAUACCACCUCGAGCGACAUAUACGAUAAGAUGCAAGGAGACGAAGGGCCUACCAGGGGCGACAUAUCUCCGAGUGCAAUGGAAACCGUGGAAGGAAGCGGAUCGGACUAUACAGAUCCGCUGUUCACUUACACGUCGGAGUUCGAAGGCAGCGGGACUAGCGAAACUACCGACGAAUCGUUUACGACGGUAUCCGGAACAACGGAAUCCGUCGAAGGAUCCACCGAGGAUUCCACCGGGGAAUCGAUGACGCAGGAAACCACGGAGUCCGGCGAAACGGAUCUGACAACGGAAUCUGGCGCAACCGAGGAGACAACAAGCGAUCAGACGACAGAAACGCUAGGAAGCACCGAGAGUGGAGCAACUGAAGUUACCACCGAAUCCUCGGAAACGGAAGCUAGUGGAUCGAUGGAAUCCACUGAAUCGGCUCCAACAACAUCUUCGUCGGAAACUGAGAGCACCGUCACCGAACAGACUAUUUCAACGGAAGUGACACCUACCGAAGAAUCUGGAGCGUCGACAAUUACAGUGCCAGAGGUGAAAGGCGAGCCAGAAGAAGAAACGGAGGAAUCGCCGGUAACUGGUGAAACGACGGAAUCGGGAGUCACCGAAGGAUCCACGGUAUCAGGAUCGACAGAGCCAACAAUGACCACAGAGUCAGGGGCUACAGAAACCACGGAGUCUGGUGCUACUACGGAGUUCGGUGCUACAACAGAAACUGUCGCGACAGAAACCACCGAAUCGACAGAAUCUGGUGCCACGACCGAAUCUGAAGGCACUACAGAAUCUGGCGCUACGGAAGCAACCGAAUCGACAGAAUCCGGUGCCACCACGGAGGCCACAGAGUCAACAGAAUCCGGAGCAACUACCGAAACCACGGAAUCUGGAUCUACGGGAACUACCGAGUCUGGUAUGACCACUGAAUCUGGUGAAACAACAACCGAGGGAUCGACAGUUUCUGGCGAGACGACGGAGUCUGGUGCUACCACAGAGUCUGGUUCUACGGAAACUACAGAGUCUGGCGCGACUACUGAGAGCGGUGAGACCACUGUGUCUGGCGUGACCGACACCACUGUCUCUGGAUUGACACCAGCCACUGACGAGGAAGAGACUGAGACUACUGAAACAACGCACGUGUCUGAAUUGUGGACGACCAUUAGCCCGGAAGAGACCACGCGCAAGCAUCGCGUGUGCAAAGUGCCGAAGAAGAAGAAGACCUGCAAAACGUCGCCCUUCGGUUGCUGUUACGAUGGAAUCACCGCGGCAGAAGGGCCGUUUGGCCAAGGAUGCCCCACGAUACAGACUUGCAACGAGACCAAGUACGGUUGUUGUUCGGACGGUGUAUCUGCAGCCACUGGCCCAGAGAACCAAGGUUGUCCCGAGUCACACUGCGAGGAGACGUUAUUUGGUUGCUGUCCCGACGGAGUUACCGCUGCCGAGGGCAACGACUUGGAGGGAUGCAAGAAACCCUGCAACGAAACGGAGUUCGGAUGUUGUCCGGAUAACGAGACACCAGCCAGCGGAAAGGAUAACAUGGGAUGCUGCAACGCCACCGAAUUUGGUUGCUGUCCUGAUGGAAUUAAGCCUGCUUCUGGACCUGAUGAAGAAGGGUGUGAGGAAGAAACUACUUCUGUCAUGGCUGUCACGGAAGAGUACGAAGGAACUACUCUGCGCGAAGAUUGCGCCAAUACCACUUACGGAUGCUGUCCCGACGGUAUCACACCAGCUCUUGGCCCGAACAACGACGGCUGCCACAUGCCCUGCGAGAACAGCACUUAUGGCUGCUGCGACGACGGUAGCACUCCAGCACACGGUCCGAACAGAGAGGGUUGUUGUUUGUCGACACCGUUCAAGUGCUGUCCAGACAACAUACUGCCAGCUCGCGGUCCAGAUUUCUACGGUUGCGGAUGCCAAUACACGAGAUUCGGCUGCUGUCCAGACAACAGCACCGCCGCUCGUGGACCAAACAACGAGGGUUGCGGCUGCAAGUACACGCCGCACGGUUGCUGUCCAAAUCGCUUCACACCGGCCACUGGACCAAAUUACCAAGGUUGUUCCUGUUACACGUAUCAGUUCGGUUGCUGCCCCGAUGGUGUCACCAUCGCCAAAGGACCUCACGGACAAGGCUGCGGUUGCGAGAACACAGAAUUCAAGUGCUGCUCGGAUGGAAGAACGCCGGCGAAGGGUCCGAACUUCGCCGGAUGCACUUGCGACGCCUCUAAGUACGGAUGUUGCCCGGAUGGGUCCGAGGAAGCUCAAGGAGAGAACUUUGAGGGCUGUUUGUCGGUUCCACCUACUCCUGGGGCGGCGUGCGCCCUGGAGAGGGACAGAGGACCCUGUCGAGACUUUACCGUCAAAUGGUACUUCGACACGGAGUACGGUGGAUGCUCGCGGUUCUGGUAUGGUGGUUGCGAGGGUAACGACAAUCGAUUCAAGACCCAGGAAGAGUGCAAAGAAGUGUGCGUGCAGCCGAAAGGCAAAGACGCCUGCAACUUGCCAAAGAUCUCCGGGCCAUGCGAGGGAUAUUUCCCUACUUGGUACUACGACACCGGUAGAAAGCAGUGUGGACAAUUCGUCUACGGUGGCUGCCUCGGAAACGCGAAUAAAUUCAAGACCAGGGAAGAAUGCGAAGAACUCUGCGUCACUCCUGAUGAUCUUGAUCCUUGCGAGCAGACGAAAGAGCCAGGUCCCUGCGAGGGCAACUUCACCAGAUGGUACUUCAACGCAGAAUCGCAAGCCUGUGAGCAAUUCCGCUACGGCGGCUGCAAAGGAAACGAUAACAACUUCGCGACGGAAAUCGCUUGCCACCAACAAUGCUUGCAACCAGGAAGGAGACGAGUAAAACUGACAGACGUGUGCCGCCUGGAGAAAGAUACCGGCCCUUGUCCGGGCUCUGUGUUACGCUGGCAUUAUGACGCCGCGCGUCAGACGUGUAGCCAAUUUCUUUACGGCGGUUGCAAAGGCAAUGCUAAUAGAUUCCGUACGCGUGCUGCCUGUGAGCAGCGCUGCCCUGUGAAAGAUAGUUGCUUGCUGCCGCGAGCCGAAGGUAACUGCGGCGAGAAGCAGUCUCGAUGGUACUUUGAUCAGUCGGAGAAUCGGUGCAUGCCAUUCUAUUAUACUGGUUGCGGUGGGAAUAAAAAUAAUUUCGAAUCUAGGGACGCAUGCGAGUCUGAUUGCCCGGCUAAAAUUGAGCAAGAUACCUGUCUCUUGCCCGCGCUUUUGGGAGAAUGCCACAAUUAUACCCAACGAUGGUACCACGACUCGUACGAGCAACAAUGCAGACAAUUCUACUACGGUGGCUGCGGUGGGAACGAGAAUAAUUUCAUUACCGAACAGGAUUGUGUUAACAGAUGCCAAACUACUAUCACCACCUCCGCGCCAUCGAGAGAAGUCGAAUUUAGACCUGACUUCUGCUUCCUUCCGGACGAGCACGGCCCAUGUUCGGAGGAACACGUCAAAUGGUUCUACGACAGCAGAGAGGGUGUCUGCAAACAGUUCAGAUAUGGCGGCUGCCAGAGCAACGGAAACAAUUUCAACAGUCGCGAAGAAUGCGAAUAUCGAUGUGGAGACGUGCAAGAUCCGUGCACUCUGCCCAAAGUUGUCGGCCCCUGCAACGGUUUCGUGAGGCAAUACUACUACGAUCAUCAGUCAGAUUCCUGCUACGAAUUCGAGUACAGCGGCUGCCAAGGGAACAAGAAUCGCUUCCAGGAUAAAGAAUCAUGCGAGAGCAAGUGUCAGAGACGUAGUCGAACAGAAGUAGCCGCGCACGUCACGCCUGCUCCAGUGGAAACUAGCUCGAAGAGUCCCAUUUGUUACGCGACUGUCGAUCCUGGCUCUUGCAACGGCGACAUCACCGCGUUUUACUACGACGCACACAAUCAGAUGUGCCAGGCGUUCAUCUAUGGCGGUUGCGAAGGAAACGCGAAUAGAUUCCAGACGGAGGAACAGUGCGAACGUCUCUGCGGAAAAUUCCAUGGACAAGAUACUUGCAAUCUACCGGUGGAUCCUGGCGAGUGCAGAGGCUCCUUCCAAAAAUACUACUACGACCCGGUCAGUCGCAUUUGUCGCGAAUUUGUCUACGGCGGUUGCGAGGGCAACGCGAACAGAUUCAGCACGAUGGCAGAGUGCGAAUCGAUUUGCAUUCAUCACGAGGAGCCCGUGCCAUCUGGAAACGACACAAGCCUUUCCAGUCUGUCGAUUUGUAAAGAGCCGGUCGACAUUGGAUCGUGCACGUCCGGUUCUACUAAGCGAUUCUACUUCGACGAGGAACUGCAAACGUGUCGAGCGUUCAUUUACACCGGAUGCGGCGGAAAUCGUAACCGAUUCAAGACCUUCGAGUCUUGCAUUAACACUUGUCUUAGCACCACCAACGAGAUCGACGUAGACUCCGGAAAGGACACGAAGGAUCCUUGCACGGAAGCUCGCGAGGAAUGCAACACCAUUCGUUGCCCUUACGGCAAGGAGGCGUUCGUAGAUUCUCAAGAUUGUGAGCGAUGUCGUUGCGUGGAUCCUUGCAGGACGCAGAUUUGUCCAGACAACACGAAAUGCGCCAUCACUCUGGUCGCUACCAAGGAUGGAACCGAAUACAAGGGAGUUUGCAGAUCAGUUACGAAACCAGGCCAAUGUCCAAGCGUGUCGAACAGCACAAGGUGCGAACAGGAAUGUCUAACAGACGCGGAUUGCGCCGGAGAAAUGAAAUGUUGCAACAAUGGCUGCGGUGCAUCCUGCCUCGAACCACCUGCGGAGGAUGUUCCAGCAACUUCUCCAAGAGUACCGGUCACUGUACCACCAGUUGGAGCGGAACCAGCCUCGAUCAAGCAACCGGAAGAGCCGAAAGUCAGCGCUCAAGAGGGUGGCUACGUAACAUUGACGUGUAUCGCCCUAGGAAAUCCAAAACCAGCCGUUACGUGGAGGAAGGGCACGACGCUGAUUGCAGCUUCAGAGAGCAGGCGUCGCAUAUUGCUGGACGGUUCUCUUCAGAUCAUCAAUUUAGACCGAUACGACGGCGGGACUUACGUCUGCACAGCUGACAAUGGCUUAGGGCCACCGGUAAGAGCGGAAUACCAAUUGGUGGUCACAGAACCGAAAGAACUGGCCGCGGCCAUCGUCGGAGAGCCUAACACUCACGUAACGGUCACCAUGAACUCGCCUAUAUCUCUGCACUGCUACGCAUGGGGCUGGCCGAGGCCUUUCGUCACUUGGUGGCAAGGUGAUCGCAUGCUGCCACUUACCUCGGAGCUUUACGAGCAAGACUCUGAGUACACGCUUUUGAUACGGUCUGUCACACUGCCAACCUUGGGCGUGUACACCUGUCAAGCGUUCAACGCGAUCGGCAGAGCUGCGUCCUGGUCGGUGACGUUGCAAGCUGUCGGCCCGGUGUACAAUGUGAAGCCAGAGUACGAGAAGUAUCUCAAGUACUUGGUCGAUCCGCCUAGAAAGCACGAGAGACCUCAGUAUCCCCACAGACCUAACAGAACUCAAACUUCCGACUCCCAUACGUACGGACCCGCGUACACCACCAGACAAUUUCACGUUCCUACGGCCAGUCCCAUUGGAUACACUACUUUGGACUAUGGUACCAAGUUUAGAGUGCCUGUCACAGCCAACAUAUCGAUAGGACAGAAUCAAUUCCCGGAAGGCAGCGACAUCACCAUCGCUUGCAACGUCGAUGGAUAUCCGAUUCCUCGAGUGUCUUGGUACAAGGACAACGAAUUGAUUCAUCCGAACAAUCGGAUUCAAAUUACCGAUUUGAACAGACUUGUGAUCAGCGUGGCGAAUCGAGAAGACUCCGGCCGAUAUCGUUGCGAAGCGAACAACGAUUAUUCGUCCGCCACUUCUACAGUCGACAUACAAGUUGCUGGAAUCUUCAUUCACCCGAAUUGCCAGGACAACUCGUUCUUCGCGAAGUGCGACCUGAUCGUGGAAGCGAGAUACUGCACGCACAAAUACUACGCGAAGUUCUGCUGUCGAUCGUGCACCGAGGCUGGCCAACUUCCUUCCAGAGGGCCUCAUCUGAACACGUUGAGAAGGAGGCGAAGGUACAUCCUGAAGACCCUCGUCUAAGACAGCUCUUCGUUCAUAUCCGGUGAGACCGACGAGCAAAACGAAGAACAAUUAACGAUUAACAGCUCUCUCUUGCAUAAUUUGAUUACUAUCGUUAGUGAAAUUCGACAAGUUACAAGUCAUCGACGUUGCGCCAACAAGCAAACAAGGAUUUAUAUACUGCGGAUUUUUAGGCAUGGCGAAUUUUAAGUUUUGAUACGAGAUUUCUGUCCGGUUUUCAAAUCGAUAACGAAGAGUUUAUUUGAAACACCUUGGAUGUCGCGUGUGUUGUCAGUUUGCUAAGAAAUUGCAAGAUCAAAAGGUUUAAAGCUUUCACGAUACGAGAGAUUGUCAAAUUCUGAAAUUUUGCGAUCAGUCCAAUGAAAAGAGAUGAGAUCGUGAGAUUAUUAAGAAUUGAAAACAGGAUUGUGCGGUAACAUUACAUAUACACGCGUAUACAGAGGGAAAGAAAGUGCACGAAAUGCAAAAUUGUAACUUGUCUUGAUUCGAUAAUGUUAUUAAUUAAAGUAAGUUAUUGUGCAAAAGAGGACCUGGACGCGUGAAGAAAAGAGGGAGAGAACCGGCUCUUGAACGUAUCGUUGGUAGAGAAACGGAGGAAAACGACGACGAGACCGUGUGAUCGUUCGAUUCGAUUCGAUUCGAUUCGAUUCAACGUCUCGAGCGUGUGCCGCGUGAACGUGACGUUAAUUCACUGCCAAAGCCUUAGAACGUCUAUACAUAGAUACCUUUAAUAUAUAAUUAAGCAACAGCGAGACGGAGGUGCGCGAAGAGGACGAGUCGCACGACGAGACGCAAAAGAUGACUUAUUUUCUCUCUCUCUCUCUCUCUCUCUCUCUCUCUCUCUCUCUCUCUCUCUCUCUCUCUUUUUAAUCGCUGCUGUCUCUUUUUUUCUUUCUUCAAUUUUGUUUCAACGUCGUCGUCGUUCGUCGUUGUUCGUUUUAUGUAUGUAUAUACGAUCUGACGCUAGAAUCCUAGUCGGUCGAAGCCGCAACAGAUCGAUCGAUCGAUCGGUAUUUGCUUUUCUUUUCACUUAACCCUCUAUUUCGUUCGCGUUACUGUCACGUUGGAUAUCUCGGAACGAAGCCUGGAAUCACGCGACGAAAUAUUAUAUUAGAAGCCGAAAGUUGGAGUAGAUUUAGAAAUCUGUGUAUUCAUCGGUGUUCUAAGAUACAUCGACAUUCUAUCUACUUAUUUUCCUCUAACGUAAACGAUUCGAAUGGAACCUACUACUGUCUCCAUUUAAUUCAAUUUAAGAGAUUUUAAAUCGAGAAGAAGCAAAAUCUUCCCUCUCAGUCUCGCAAAUUCUUCCGAAAUUCUUCACGCGUUUCUCUUAAAUUUUUGACAAAUGUUUCAUUCCCGAAAGAGAAAGAGAAGAGAGGAUUUUUAAGAGAGGGUCCACGCGAUCUAUCGAUCAAUUUGACCGACGCGGAUGAACGCGGAUGGAAGAGCUUCAAUCGAACAAAGAAAGUGUCGCGAGUGAACGAGUUGAGAUCCCUAUGUCUUCCUUUCUUUCUUUUCUUUCAAGUCGGAUCAACAUCUAAAGCCAAACCGAUCGAGUAAUACGAAAAAAAAAGAAAAGAAAAGAAAAGAAACAAAGAGACAGGGAAUCGGCGGGACGGGGAACUUGUACCUAUUUGUACGAAGCAUAUACGCACGUUACGUUGUACAAUAUAAAUAGUUUAUUACGCAGUACGCCAUUUAUAUACUCUAUGAUAUUGUUAUUACUUAUAUUCCUUACCGAUAUUAUUGCCAUAGCACGAAUUAUUAGCCCUCUAUCAUUGAUCGAACGACGUUUGACGAUCGUCGAUAACGCGAGGGUGCAACAUCGUAAACGACGAUAAAACUCGUCUCGCGAAGAACGAGCAAGAAGAAAUUUCGAUCGUCUCGAUUCUCCGACAAUUCCACGUAGUUUCGUUUGCGAAACUGUACUCGACAGACACCGUCGGUUAGAACAUAACGAUGAAAUUAGGAGAAGAGCACGAAAGUGUUGCAAGUUUCCAUCUAGUUGCGAACUUCGAUUGCGGAGCUUAUUGAAAGAGUGUCGAGUUUAAUGACAAAUUCAUCGAUUAUUCGAUCACGAUACGCACCUUUUUUCACCAUAUUAACGUGUUGCAUUUAUAUAUUUGUUCCUGAGCAUUUUAAUCGUAUAAUGUUAACUACACACUGUUACUAUGUAUGCUGUAUCAUCUAUCGUGGGUCCUCGUUGUUUAUCGGAAUAAGAGCGUAAGUUCUGUCGGUUCUGAACUCGCCUGAAAAUUAGUCUGAAGCUUGUUGUAUGUGUUUGAAGAUAUGUCAACGUAAUUUCUCUGAAUUCAUUAUUUGAUUGUUUCGAAAUUAAAAUUAUUCUCCCUGCACCGAUGCUUGCGUGUAAUUUUAACAAGUUACAAACGUAUCUCUCAUCGGCAAAAUUGAUCUAAAUUUCUUUACAAGGUUAAUGUAAGAAAAAAUUGUGUUUCCAAUAAUUGACAUAUGCACGUAUAAAAUAGGGGGGGAAAAAAUGCAUGAUACACGUGUCGUUGACGAAUCUUGCACGACAGACGGCUUAUUCUCUUAAUCUUGAAACACGUGGCAGAAAUAUCAGUAGCUCGUAGCUUGUCAAAAUUAUUUCCGAAGGGAAAUGUACCAAAAGCAUUUAUACAACUAUAUUAUAAAUAUUAUAUACAUAUAUGCGUAUAUAAGCGUAAGUUUCACUCGAUGAUGGAAAGAAUCCACGGAACCGUAGGGAAAACAAUGGAAAAGACAUUCUUCUUUCGUCUGAUCGUUUCAGUCACAGUAAAUGACAGUGCCUUAUUAGAAGCCCUUCGUAAAGUGUCUCGAGGAAGGAGUGCUAAAUAAAACUUUACAUACAGACUUUACCACGUUAGUGUAAAAUAAGCGGAACAGUAGCGUCUCGGAUGAUUUUUCAAUCGCAGGAAUUUAUAAUAGCCUAGAUAAAAACUAUCCCUCCGAUACAUUGAGUUUCCUUAUCCAGCGAAAAAUUCGAAACGGUGAAAAUCGUCGAAAAUUGUUGCGGCGUUGCCUCGAAGAGAAACGAGAAACGCAGUGCAAUUGAUUCUUGCAAAUAUCACGGAAUUUCGGAGUUUUUCCUCGUUCGGAGGGAUCGUAGUGAAGAAAAUGAAAAUGCAAAGAUGAAAAGAUAUUGAGUACUCUUCUCCUCCGUGCUCCUUUAGAUGGUGACCAAACUAGGACACACGACACACGAUCGUAAUAACGUAGCAACACGACAUCGUUUAGUAAAUGUAUAAAUAGCAUAAAUUCUCCUAGUUUACAUAUAGGUAUAUAUCUUACCGAUCGCAUAUCAUAACAGAAAAAAAAAAUAUAUAUAUAUAUAUAUAUAAAAAAAGGAAACAAAAAGGAACGUAGAAAAGAGUGUAUCGUCUUUAUCGAGAAGUGACGUCGAAAGGAAAGAGGAAAAGGUGUUCGGUAACGUUUGGUAGAUUCUCUCUAUAUUCUAAUAGUAAAUAAUUUAUAUUUCUACCGUGUGAUUUUUAAGUCUGUACAAUGGCCACGCAUUCACUUACACACGUUACACGCUAGACAUGUAUAUAAUUAUACCCCUGUAUUACGUGCUACACUCGUGUAAUCGAUCUAUCAUACCGGGCAUACUGCUCGGGUGUGUGAGACAGUUUUGUAAGACUCGUAGGAACGAUCGUGACCGGUUGAUUCGUCGAUCACGUCAUCGAAAGAAUAUCCUCCGGUAUAUCCGUUGCGUUUUCUGCAUAUUUCGGUAAUCUCCUCGCAAAGGUAGUCACGAUACGUAACGAUAACUAACCCUAUAGUGAUGUUUAGAAUGGCUAUGAUAGUUGUAACGAUAUUGUAAUUAUAUACGCAGAUAAUCGAAGCAUACUAAGAUAAUAUAACGCGACUAAUCAAUCCUAGUUUAAUUACAUUACUUGGAGCUUGGACCUCGUGGAUUUCAUUUUCGUAGAGAGAGACGCAAGCGCAAGUAGAAACCAUUUUAACCGAAUAAUUUUCUAUUUCUUUAACUAUAUUCCCCGUGUUUCACGAUUUUCGAAAGGUAAGAAGUUCUCUCUUUUUUUUUUUUUUCAAUUUCUGUAGGAUAACUGCUAAGCAAACAGUGUGUGGAACGUACCUCGCGUAGAAUCGACAGAGAUCAUUCCGACGAAAAUUUUUUCUCCGGCGCGUUCUUAUGUAGACUAAAGAGAAGCAAUUUUCAAGGAAAAUCGUCGACGAGUCGAUCGUGUCUACGAUUGUCGCUACGAGUGCCACCGACGACGGAUUUAAGCAUAAAUUACCAGAAGAAAAGCAAGAGGAACUUUGUCAGAAACAAAAGGGGCGAAAAAGAGAUCGAAUUGAUCGUAUAUACGUGUUCCCAGUGUAUUAUCUAUACAUGCAUAUAGCUCAUACAAACACACACAUCGCGACAGCGCUAAAGAUUUUAGUGAGUGUAUUUGUAACUCUAAGUUAUACCUUAGGUAACGAUUAAAAUAUAAUAUAAAUAUAAAUAUAUAAUUAUAUAUAAAAUAAAGGUAGAUGUAAAGGAAUACCACUAUACAAACAUUGUAUGGACAAUAAUAAUAUAUAAGAUCCUUAAAUAUAUGGUUAAACGAUUA